CCACGAUUUAAUUGUUAUAAUUUAACAUUUCCAAAAUGAUGGACGGCACGGAUGAGUCAAAUAUACUAAACAGUCCCUCCUCGACCAACAAUGGGCCUACCCUGGAGAUAGCGUCGCCCACAAGUAAUCCACUGGCUGGACCACCGGCAGCAACAGGAACAGCAACAGCAACAAAUGGCAGCGGUUCGGCCACAUCGCCGGACAGCUCCUCUUCGGCACCGGUGACGCCCGCUGCUCUAGGGGAGAAUGCCCUGCAUGUGGAGAUCUCCGAUGCGCUGAGCGAGAAAGAGAAGGUAAAGUUCACAGUGCAUACGCGGACUACGCUGCCAGGAUUCGCGAAAAAAGACAACAAUGUGGUGAGGCAGCACGAGGAGUUUGUGUGGCUGCAUGAUCGCAUAGAGGAGAACGAAGACUAUGCGGGCUAUAUUAUUCCCCCCUGUCCACCGCGACCCGACUUUGAUGCCUCGCGGGAGAAACUGCAGCGCCUGGGCGAGGGCGAGGGCAACAUGACCAAAGAGGAGUUUAAGAAAAUGAAGUCCGAGCUGGAGGCCGAGUAUUUGGCCACCUUUAAAAAGACAGUAGCCAUGCACGAGGUAUUUCUGCGUCGCCUGGCCAGUCAUCCCGUCUUUCGCGUGGAUCAGCAUUUGAAAGUCUUUCUCGAAUACGAUCAGGAUCUGUGCGCCAAGCCGCGCAAGAAGAUGGCCAUCUUCGGGGGCUUUGUCAAGUCCCUGGGCAAGACCACGGAUGAAAUACUGCUGAGCGCCACCGUGCGCGAUGUAAAUGACUUCUUUGAGAACGAAUUGCAAUUCCUCACCGAAUACCAUGGCCAUUUGCGUGAAGCUGCCAUCCGCACCGAGAAGAUGACACAACGUCACAAGGAUGUGGGCGAUGCGCAUCAGAAAAUCUCGAAUGCCCUCACCCAGUUGUCCACCACAGAGAAGGGCAAUGUGGAGACAUUUGUGGCCAAAACAGCAGAGAUUUUUGAACGGAUUAAGAAUCUGGAAACCCGUGUGGCCAGUGAUCAGGAUCUGAAACUGGGUGACACUUUGCGCUACUAUCAACGGGACAGUGAUGCGGCCAAGGCGCUGCUCAUACGACGCCUGCGCUGCCUGGCCGCCUACGAGACGGCCAAUCGCAAUUUGGAAAAGGCUCGCUCCAAGAACAAAGACGUUCAUGCGCCUUUGGAGGUGCAAGAGGCUGAAACUGCUCAGGCGGAGGCUUGUGAGAAGUUUGAAUCGAUGUCUGCCUGCGGCAAAGAAGAGUUGAUUGGCUUUCGCAAUCGCCGUGUGGCGGCCAUCAAAAAGAGUCUCGUGGAGCUCUCCGAACUGGAGAUAAAACAUGCCAAAACCCAAUAUGAAUAUCUGCGUCAAUCGCUGAUCUCCAUUAAGGAGAUAGCUUGAGGCUAAGAGUCAUACGCACAUUGUUUUCACAUCGCCACGAAACUCUCCCCCCACAUUGAAGAUGAAGUAAAUCAAUUGUUUAAUUGCUAA